AUGGCCGACGUCUUCGAUGGAUUCGGGGAAGGCCGCAUCGGUUCUCCCCGAUCGCCAACCAGACCACACAGCAUGCGACGCCGCCAGAGCAUGCAAGUCCUCGAGCUCGAGUCUCGUGUCGAGCAAUUGAUGGCCGAGAACCGGAUGCUCGCCGACGCCCGGGCCCACGCCGAAUCCCAUAACAGCAACAGGGCCUCGGGCAUCCUGGCAGAGCGCGAUGCCGAAAUCGACGUUCUCAAGCAAUCGCUCGAAUUUCUACAAAAGGAGGUGGCCCGCUUGACCGAGCGGUACCGUUCAUUGGAGACGCAGCACGCCGACACCUCGCGGCGGUUGGAGGAAGCACGCACCGAGCAGGGCCACUUCCAGGAGUCGUUGCUGCAGAAGGACGCCGAGAUUGGUCGGCUGCGCUCCGAGCUUGAAGCGGCCAAGGACAAGAUCCGGCAGAUGCAACGCCAGAUCCUGGCCACCAAGGGCGCUGACAGUGACUUCCUCAAUGUCAAGGACGUUGACCACUUCGACCACAGGUGUCAGCAGCUCUGCUCUCACGUGCAGCAAUGGGUCCUUCGGUUCUCCAAGUUCUCAGACAUGCGCUCCUGCCGCCUGACGAGCGAAAUCAACGACGAGAAGGUCAUCGACCGUCUCGAUAACGCCAUCCUAGAUGGCACCGACGUGGACACAUACCUCGCCGACCGCGUCAAACGCCGGGACGUGUUUAUGUCCAUGACGAUGAACAUGAUCUGGGAGUUCGUCUUCACCCGAUACCUCUUCGGCAUGGACCGCGAGCAGCGACAGAAGCUCAAGUCGCUAGAGAAGCUACUUACCGAGGUCGGCCCCCCGCGGGCUGUCCGACAAUGGCGCGCAGUCACCCUGACGCUCCUAUCCAAGCGGCCCAGCUUCAAGCACCAGCGUGAUCUCGACACCGAGGCCGUGGUCCAGGCCAUCUUCCAGACGCUGUCCAAGGUCCUCCCUCCCCCGUCCAACCUGGAGGACCAGAUCCAGUCACAGUUACGCCGCGUGAUGCGAGAGGCCGUCGACCUCUCCAUCGAGAUGCGCACCCAGCGUGCCGAGUACAUGAUGCUCCCGCCGUUGCAGCCCGAGUACGACGCCGACGGCGAGCUCGCCGACACAGUCACCUUCAACGCGGCGCUCAUGAACGAGCGCAGCGCCGACAAGUCCGUGACCAACGAGGUCUUCGAGGCCCAGAAGGCCGUCGUCCGGAUCGUCCUCUUCCCCCUCGUCGUCAAGAAGGGCGAUGACGGCGGCAACAACGACGAUGAGAUUGUCGUCUGCCCCGCCCAGGUGCUGGUGGCUCGGCCCAAGGGCGGCAAGGCGGUCCGUCUCUUCACGCCCGGGAGCGACGCCGGCGGUGCGUCCAUCAGCGGCCAGACGGCUGCCAUGCACAGCGACAUCAGCAUGGGGACGUUCCUGCCCGAGCAGGCUUCCACCCAGUGA